AAACUAAAUAAUCGACGUCAAAAGCUGUCAAAUAUGGCGAGGGGCAGCGAGAGACAGAGAGAGCGGAUAAUUGACAUGUAAAAAUGUGAAUAGGCCUGGCCGCACUGCGAUCUAGCGCUUCGAGGGGCUAGGUGGAACGACACGUUCGCGGUGUCUCGCGCGAACGACGAGAUACGCGGACGAGGAUCGCAAUGUCAGACUCGCCGGCGGCGCCUCCCGAGUGCCGGAAGUGAAGUGCGCGCGGCGAGGGUGGCGGCGAGCAGGAGAGCAGCGGAUCUUCUGGUCGCCCCUGGGACACGCAGCCGGGGAGCGGUGGGCCACGGGAAGGACGAAGGGCAUGUUACAGUAAUCGUCCGAGACGGGCGAGAGACUAUGGGGGCCCAGCAGACCAAGGACAGGGUGAUCCCCGCUGGGUCCACUGUGCGACAAACGCGCAAGCAGCAAACCAGGAACCUGAAGGAUACGCGCAUCAUAGGCUCUAAUAUAUUCACCGAGCACAGCGAGGCACUUUUACAAAGUAGACCGCUGCCUCAUAUUCCAGCAUUGCCAGAAGGUGAUCCCCCAAGUGGCUCUAGUGUUCAAUCAAUUUCACAGCAAGCAAAUGUUCAACAACACACCAGUGUGUCUGGUAGUGGGCUUCUUGAAGCAGCAAAUAGAUGGACUAGCAAAGAAAAUCUAUUGGCACAGGAGGAAGAUGAUCCUCAGUUGUUUGUUGCUUUAUAUGAUUUUCAAGCUGGUGGGGAGAAUCAACUUAGUCUGAAAAAAGGUGAACAAGUACGUAUCCUAAGUUACAAUAAGAGUGGAGAAUGGUGUGAAGCUCACUCGAGCACUGGACAAGUAGGAUGGGUACCAUCAAAUUAUGUGACACCUGUAAAUUCUCUGGAAAAACACUCUUGGUACCACGGAAGAAUAUCUAGGAAUGCUGCGGAAUAUCUUUUGAGUUCGGGAAUAAACGGUAGUUUCCUUGUACGGGAAUCAGAGAGCAGUCCCGGACAGCGUAGUAUCUCUUUGAGAUACGAGGGUCGAGUGUAUCACUACAGGAUCAACGAGGACAGCGAAGGAAAGAUGUUUGUCACAACGGAAAGCAAAUUUAAUACGCUGGCUGAACUGGUGCAUCAUCAUUCAAUGCUUGCCGACGGCCUCAUCACGCAACUGCUGUACCCCGCACCAAAGCACAACAAGCCUACUGUCUUCCCAUUAAGUCCGGAGCCGGACGAAUGGGAAAUCAAUCGAACUGACAUAGUAAUGAGGCAUAAAUUAGGAGGUGGACAAUACGGUGAUGUAUACGAAGCGGUCUGGAAGAGAUAUAACAUGACUGUAGCCGUGAAGACGCUCAAAGAGGACACGAUGGCACUGAAGGAUUUCCUCGAGGAGGCGGCCAUCAUGAAAGAGAUGAAACAUAGGAAUUUGGUACAAUUGCUGGGAGUGUGUACGCGCGAACCGCCGUUCUACAUCAUCACAGAAUUCAUGAGCAAAGGAAAUCUUCUUGAUUAUUUGCGAAACGAGAGUAAACAUCAGAUCAACGCCGUGGUUUUGAUGCAUAUGGCUACACAGAUCGCGAGUGGCAUGAGUUACUUAGAGAGUAGAAAUUUCAUCCAUCGCGACCUGGCAGCCAGGAAUUGCCUGGUCGGCGAGAAUCAUCUUGUUAAAGUUGCGGAUUUUGGUUUAGCUCGUCUUAUGAGGGACGACACAUAUACUGCUCAUGCCGGUGCAAAAUUCCCGAUAAAGUGGACUGCGCCGGAAGGUUUAGCAUACAAUAAAUUUUCCACGAAGUCUGACGUGUGGGCAUUUGGUAUCCUUUUGUGGGAAAUUGCUACCUACGGUAUGUCUCCUUACCCUGGUGUCGAUUUGACGGACGUUUAUCAUAUGCUGGAGAAGGGCUAUCGAAUGGAGUGUCCCCCGGGUUGCCCGCCGAAAGUUUACGAACUGAUGCGUCAAUGUUGGCAGUGGUCAGCGGCAGAUCGGCCAACUUUUAAGGAAAUACACCAUUCGUUAGAAAAUAUGUUUCAAGAAUCUAGUAUCACCGAAGAGGUAGAGAAGCAGCUUCAAGGUGGAGGGGAGAUCCCAUUAUUAUCAUACAAAAAGUCGCAGACUGGAAGUACGGGAAAUAUACACGGGCUUGUUCUUGUAACCGAGCAAUUAUCUUCUUCUGGCAUAACACAAGAAGGAGUUGGUUCGGUUGCCAAGCUGAGUACUUUUGUAGGUGGCUUGUCGAGUAGAAGUAAUAGUAAUAUGGUUCAAAUGCGAAGAUCGACCAAUAAGAAAGGAAAACAAGCGCCAGCACCUCCCAAGCGAACAAGCUUGCUGUCAUCGUGCAGUUCUUUUCGAGAUUCCGCCUAUCAAGAACAAGACCAGCAAAAUGUUGAAGUGAGCACUAUGACGCUUGACGAUGGCACAGAUCUAAAUGGUAUUGAUAAGAUUUUUGAAGGUAUCACACGUGAUCUCGUGACAAUGGCUACACAGUCAAUUACUACAGGAGGUUGCGAUAUGGACGACGACGGAGAUGGGUCGCAAGGGACAGCAGAACAUAACUUUGUUCCUCAACCGUCAACCUCGCCGGAACCAGUAUCCAACUUACCGUGCAAUCAGAAACAAAUUAAAUCUCGACCUUACACAUCUAAGGAGGUAUUAUCUCAGAAGCUGGUACACGUGGGUGCGCUGGAGGUGCAAAAUGUUAAGAGAGCGAUCAAUCGUUACGGUACCCUGCCGAAAGGCGCCAGAAUCGGGGCUUACUUGGAAUCUCUGCGACAGAGUGGUAUGCCGUCGAAUCAGGAGAGUGUUUCAGCCGCCACACCUUCCUUAGCUACCGCGAUCGUGGAACAGCAGCAACAGCAAGACAUCAUCGUAGCGAGCGCCAUGAUCGACACGAUUCCGCAACAUCGUUCGCUCUCGCCUCGCCAGAACAAUCUUCGCGGUCAGCCGCAAAUGACGCGCAGCAACUCCUCCAGCGGAGUGGUGAACACCUAUCAACCUCCUAAUUCACCACGCAGUCGUGCCGUGGGUGUUCGGAAGACGAACGCGGAGGGAAUUGGUCUGCGAACCUUUCGCGCGCCCAACAGUUCCAGCUUCCGCACCGCCAGUCCGUCGAGAUCGGUUCAACCGACCCUGGCCGAUCUGGAGUUCCCGCCGCCGCCGUUGGAUUUGCCACCACCUCCGGAUGAGGCCUUCAGCGACCAGUGCGACCUACCACCACCAGCGACGGCGUCGCCGUGUACCGAGAGCUCGUCUUCUCACGCGAAAAUCGCGAGUUCGCCAGUCGGUCUCAGAAAAUUGAAAGCGGAAUGGCGGAGUAAAGACGAACUGAUCAAUGAUCACGAUCAGGACGAGAGGAAUAACGACGUAAGGAACGCGGAACCAUCUGUGAAGGAGGCUAGCUCGCGAUUCGGCGUAAAUUUACGACGUCGAGAGACCACUUCUUCAACUACUGGCGACGCGCAUUGUGGCAGUAGAUCUGCGGAUGAGAAGAAGUUGAUUUACAAACCGAAGGAGAUGACGACAAGCGCGAUGAAAGCGGAAUCGACGGACGUAAUUGCUGCUCCCGAGGAAGCGCCACCACCACCUCCGCCACCUCCACCGCCAAUCGGCAACGCAAUAAGCGGAACAUCUCUAGACACCUUCGAGUCCAAACCAGGGAUGAAGGAGAUGUUGGAGCUUAAGCUGAUCAACGAGAUUAAGCAGAGUGCGGAUAUGAAACACGGUAGUAGUAGUAGUAGUUCUACGAAGAAGAUUGGCAGUAGUGUUAGUGGUAGCGCGCUUUCGUCGGCAGCUCCGCUUGAUCCGGCGUCGCAGCUUCUAUCCGAGUUGUGCGCCAGCUUCAGCAUGGAUUCCUCCAACAAGCAACAUGUUAUUCCGAGCGAAUACGCGAUCGCGACGUUGAAGAGCAACGACGUAUCCGGAACCGUUCAAGAACACACGAACACGCAGAGUAGUAUAUUUCCUGAAAAGAGCAACGCUCACAAAGAGAUCCUGAUGAUGACCUCGCCGAUUACUGAGAGUCAUAUAAGCGCGACUAGUGUAGGUUUUAAAUUGAAGAGAGUAGACAAGAGAAAUAAUCCGCAGAAGGAGGAGAAUCCGGAUAAUCAGAUAAUCGAUUUUAAAGCCCGGCUGCGAAAGGUGGAUAACGUCGACAAGGAGAGAGCCGCGGCGGAGGAGAGGAGCAAAUCAUCGCGUUUCGAUGACAACGCACAGGGGAGCAACGUCGUGGACUCUGCAGACUCGUCGUCCGGCGUGGACGAUGCGAACGACGACAAGCGUCGCAGCACCGGCAGUAUUAGUAGCCUAAAGAAAUUGUGGGAGAACAAGGAGGCUUCUUGUGAUAACCAACCGCUUAGUCCUAAAUUAAACGUGAGAGGGCCGAGUAGCAAGCAGGAUGACAUCGCGAGCGAGGAUUCGCCGGAGGAUCACAGCAACGCCUCGACCAGGAGCUCGACCAGCAAGGGCGACUCGCGAAUAUGGCCUCCGACGUCAUCGUCCACGGAGAACGAGAAGCCGAUCGUGCCGGCAAAACCGUUGAAGCCUCUCGGACCAUCCAGCAAACACUUUGGUUCCUCGAUAUACGCUACACCAAACUGCAAUAAGUCGUCAUCGAUGCCUUGCACCGAUGACGACGGUGGCGGGAAGCAGACCGGCGGUGGUGAAUCUAAAGGGGCGAAGCACAGCGUGAUGGAGAUCUCGAACGUCAUAGAGAAUAGUAUUUUGAACUUGAAAGGCAGCCCCACCAUCGUCAUGGCCAGUUGGCUCCAGCUGUCCGAUAAGGUCGGCCUGUUGCACGGCAUGUGCGUCAAUCUGACGGACACGGCAAUCGCGCCGCAUGCGAGGUUCCAGUUCCGCGACCUGCUCACCCGGCUGGAGCUACAGGCGAGGCAAUUGCGGGCCGCUGGCACGCGCAACAUUACUGAAAACACGAGACUCUUGUGCGACGUGCAGAACACGAUAAAAGACGUGAUAAACACGGUGCAGAGAUAAAGCUGUACGCCGGCGGAUUGAAAAAUCAAAAACGAGAGUAUCUCCUUCCGCCACUUCCCCCUUCCUCGUCGUGGUGUUUCCCUUUGGAUCGCAGAACUCUUCUCCUAUCUCUCACCUUGUCUCUCUCUCUCUCUCCUAUCUCUAUUUCAUCUCGGAUCUGUGGGCGUAUAUAGUUUACAUAAAUUUAUAUAAAUAUAUAUCUCUAAGUCACACAUGCAUACAUUAGUAACCCAAGUAGCAAAUUGACGCCAUUAAACGUUAAAAUGACGUCAUUUGAUGUCAAAAUGACGUACAUUUGCUACCUGGGAAGGUUUUAUCAAAGAUUGAGAGAUCCUUGUUUGGAAGCAUAGCGAUAUAUUAAUUUUCGAGCGAGCAUAAGAAGGAGCUAGUGUGAAUAAGUUAAUUAAUUAAUAAUACGAUUUCGCGAUCGUGUGUGUUAAAGGGAGGGGGGAGGAUUAAUCCAAAGUUUUUGCACGAGUCAAACGAUCGCCCGGUAUAUAAUAUUCCGGAAUCUUGCGCGCAGCAAACUCUAAGUUCGUAUACAUAUUUACAAUUUCGCCUGUGUAUAUCGAUUUGCAUUUUUGGAAGCUAUCUUUGAGAGAUUGCACUACGAUCAGUGUGUAACUCAUCGGGCCUGGAGAAAAGUAUGGCCUUAUAAGACGAAAAAAAAAAGAAGAAACGAAGAAAAAAA